GGGCGCCGCGUGGUGGCGAGUCUCCUCGGGUUGCCGGCUUGCAGAAGGGCCGGGGGAGGCGAGGCUGUCGGUCGUCCGUGCGGUGGGUCGCUCUCGGCGCGGCCAUGUCGACCGUUUUCUACCUCCUCACCACACUGAUCGGCUAUCUCCUCACCUCCGUUCUGCUGUUGAAAUUUCCCGGCUUGCUCCACCGGCGCAAACGCCACCGGUUUCGGUGCCGGCACAUCUCCCACCGCGGAGGUGCAGGAGAGAAUCUCGAGAAUACCAUGGCAGCAUUUCGUCAUGCCGUCAACGUGGGCACCGAUAUGUUGGAACUUGACUGCCAUUUGACCAAGGAUGGACAAGUGGUGGUUUUGCACGACGAGAAUCUGAAACAGUCAACUGGGGUGGACGUCAAUAUAUCAGACCUCAAAUACUCAGAACUCCCUCUGUAUCACUGCAAGUUGGAGGUCACAUUCCAGAAAGCGGCAACCCAAUUCUGCUUGUUUACAUCAGAAUGCCAUUGCGAAGGUGAAGACAAACGCAUCCCUCUCCUUCAAGAGGUGUUUGAGGCCUUUCCCCACACGCCGGUCAACAUUGACAUCAAGGUGAACAACGACCUGCUGAUUAAAAAGGUUUCCGAGUUGGUGAGCUCUUACAAACGAGAACAUUUGACGGUUUGGGGCAGCGUCAGCCAUGAGGUUGUGGAAAAGUGUCACAAAGAGAACUGCCACAUCCCCAUCCUUUUCUGCUUGCGCCGUGUCCUCCUCCUCCUCGGUCUCUUCUACACUGGCCUUCUUCCUUUCUUUCCGAUCACGGAGGACUUCCUGGAGAUCCCCAUGCCUUCCAUCAUUCUCAAGCUGAAAGAAGUAGAGAAGAUUUCAAAGAGUGAGCGAUUCACCAUAUGGCUUAUUGACGUAUUAUUAAUGAGGAAAACCUUAUUUGAUCAUCUUACUGCUCGAGGAAUUCAGGUCUACAUCUGGGUGCUGAACGAAGACCAGGAAUACAAGCGAGCCUUCGACCUGGGGGCCACCGGCGUGAUGACCGACUACCCCACCAAGCUGAAGGAAUUCCUCCACAACUAUCCGGCAUGAAGCCAGGCAGAGCUGCCCCCAUUGUUUUUCGGAGGAGGGAUCAGAAGAGACCCAACCGAACCCAAGGAGAGGAUCCACCCUCCCCUCGGAGUGGAGUGGGUUUUUUUUACAGCCAACGUCCACCCGCCGUCGCACAAUUACAACCCGACAACUUGG